AUGUUGGUUGUUGGUUCAAGAUUUUUCGAUUCGGUAACAAAAGAACAAUUUUUCAUAAAAGGUGUAGCUUAUCAACCUAAUCGUAACAUAAAGGGCGGUAAUUUCGAUCCAUUGGCAAAUGUUAAACACUGUAAAAGAGAUAUUGAUAUGAUGAAGGAAUUAGGUAUUAAUGUUAUUAGAGUUUAUCAGAUUGAUAAUCACGAAAAUCAUGAUGAAUGCAUGAAUUAUUUGGAACAAAACGGGAUUUAUCUAAUCUUGGAUUUGGCUACAAGUUAUGUUAACGUAAAUCGUGAUAGUCCCGAAUGGUCACUGUCAAUCUAUAAAAAUUUCAUUACAACUGCAUUGGAAUUUUCAAAGUAUAAAAAUACCUUGGGUUUUUUUGCUGGUAAUGAAGUAUCAAACGUUAUAGAAAAUACUGAUGCCUCAGUAUUUGUUAAAGCUGCAAUUAGAGACGUAAAGAAAUUUCUAAAAAAAUAUUCUUCAAGAUACAUCCCAGUUGGUUACUCGAGUAAUGAUGAUGCAAAUAUUAGAAUUCCUUUAUUAAAAUAUUUUAAUUGUGGCGAUGAUGAAAAUGCCAGGGCUGAUUUUUAUGGUGUAAAUAUGUAUGAAUGGUGCGGAAAAAAUAGUUACGAAACUUCCGGGUAUGCUGAACGUACAAAAGAAUUUUCUGGUUAUAGUAUUCCUGUAUUUUUGUCAGAAUAUGGAUGUAACACUUACCAUCCUAGAUUGUUUGAAGAAGUUUCUACAAUCUAUGAAAACAAAGAAAUGAUUUCGAUAUGGUCCGGUGGAAUUGUUUACGAAUGGACUCAAGAAACCAAUAAUUAUGGUUUGAUUGAGUACGAUAAUAAUGGCAAUUCAAUAAAAUUGCCAGAUUAUGAAAACUUGAAAAAAAAAUUGUCUCUAAUCAAUAUUCCACGAACUGAUCAAAUGGAUUCUUAUCAACCAAAAAAUUCUAACCAUUUCCAAUGUCCUGAAAUAAAUGAAAAUUGGAAAGCGACUAAUCGAUUACCACCCACUCCUUCAAUUAAAAAAUCUUGUCAAUUCAAAGGUGUUGCUGAACUCGUGUCUCCAAUUAAUAAUAAUAAUAAUUUGUUGGAUUGUUCAUCAAUCGAUAAUGAUGAUGUCCCUCCCUCAUGA